AACGGUAUCACAACAAAAUCAAGUACUAUAAAAUUCUCCCCACUGUUAAUAUGGAUAAAUAUUAAUAAUUAACAAAUUAUUUUUAUUAAAUAAAUUAAAAUGAAUGUUCCAAAAUUCAAUUACUGUGAUAAAAUUUCUUCUAUUGGCAAGGCCAAUAAUAAUCUCAUUAAUAUGAGAAGAGGGGAUAAACACACAGAUAAAACAUAAAUUUUAAUAUAAUUCUUAAGCCUUGAAUAGAUUUUUGGGACACAUAAAACUGAAAUUACAUCAUCGAAACAAAAUUCAAGAGCUGAAUCGUGGAUUGAACGAUUUUCAGAUGACAAUUUGACAGAUAUACCAAAAAAUGUUUUAAAUACUGAAAGGAAGUUUUAUUAUCCAAUAAAAAAACUAGUACAGAUUUCAGUACAAACAAUAUCAUCAGAUCGAGAGCUGAAAUCUAUCAGAAAAAAAAAAAUACAAGUUCGUUAUCCAAAAACCACUAAGUUCUUUUGUCAGACUGAUAAUACUAGGUCUGCAGUAAAACCGGAUAGUGUCCAUCAGUUAAGACCAGGUGAUAUCGAUGUGAUUGGUGCAAUAGGAGCAUCAAUGGUAGUAGGACUUGGAAGUUUUGCACAAAAUAUAUUAGAAGUAAAUGUAGAAGAUCGAGGAUUUUCAUUUUCUAUUGGUGGAAAUGGUGACUGGAGAAAAUAUUUAACUUUACCAAACAUUAUCAAGGAGUUUAAUCCAAAUUUAAAGGGUUAUUCUUACGGUAGUCCAUUGGCUGAGGAACGUGGUUCACAGUUUAAUGUUGCUGAAACUGGAGCUCUUUCUCAAGAUGUCCUAUUUCAAGCAAAAGAAAUUGUUAAUCGUAUAAAAAAUUCUAAAAGAAUAAACUAUUUAGAGGAUUGGAAAUUAAUAACAAUUUUUUUGGGUACAAAUACAUUUUGUCAGCAAACGUGCAAUAAUGAUAGUUUAAAAAUAACAAAUACAUACAGAGAAAAUAUUUACAAUGCUUUAUAUUAUUUGAAAAUUAAUCUUCCAAAAACUUUUGUAAACUUAAUUAUGAGUUUAGAUGUUGUAGGAAUGACUAAUUUUGUUGGUAAACCAUUACUUUGUUCAGUUAUUAAUCCCUUUGAAUGUCCUUGUAUGUUUGGUAUGAAAAAUCGAAACCGACUUCAUAUUUAUCACAAAUUCAUUAAUGAGUUUCGUAAUAUUGAAAAAGAAGUAGUUCAAAAUCAGACAUUAAAUCAAGAUGAUGACUUUACAGUAGUAUUGCAACCGUUCACUGAAGACCUAAUUUGGCCAGUACUAAAAAAUGGUAACACCGAUAUGUCAUUGUUAUCAGCAGAUUGUUUUCACUUAAGUCAAAAAGGUUACGCAAGAGCUGCUAACGCGCUAUGGAACAAUAUGAUGGAACCAGUUGGACAAAAAACAACUAAUUGGUCAAAAGAAUUCAGUCGAUUUUUAUGUCCAACCCAAACACAUCCCUAUAUUCGAACAUGGAAAAACAGUUUUGAUUAAAGGAAAAAGACCAAAUAUAGAAUAGUAAAAUAAAUCAUUUUACUAUGUAAUAUAUUAAUUUUAAAACUGUGUUUGUUUUUGGUACUGCCAGUCUAUAAUAUACCAAAUUUUUUGGUAACAUGUUCCCCAACAGCAAUUUUGAUAUAUUCAUAUUGUCAAAAUAUUCUUAAAAAAUACUGUUUAAAAUAUUUUGAAGCAAUUAUUGUGACAAUAUUUCAUAAAUA